CGGCUCCAUUUUUUGUAGUGCAAAUAAUCACUUCGUCUUGUUCGUAGUUUGUUUUCUAUUUUCAACAGAGUAAAAGUCAAUCAAUCUACUUAAAGCUGGUUUUUGAGAAUAUUUUUCCAAUCAUCAUGGGUUUUCUAGUGGAUACUUUUAUUAUCCUAAUUACACAGAUUAUAUUUUUUGCUGGUGGAUGGGUUUUCUUUGUGAAACAACUUUUUCGAGAUUAUGAAGUCCACCAUACCCUUGUUCAGCUCAUCUUCUCUGCCACAUUUUCUCUGUCAUGUACGAUGUUUGAACUGAUCAUUUUUGAAAUAGUGGGUGUGUUAGACACAAGCUCAAGAUAUUUUCAUUGGAAUCUAGGUCUUUAUCUCAUUUUAUUUAUGGUAAUAGUUAUCAUUCCAUUCAACAUAGGAUAUUUUAUUUUGUCAAACAUCAGAUUUAUCAGAAAGCAGCUUAUAAGGCCACUUACUGUUCUUAUUUGGCUGCUAUACAUUUAUCUAUUCUGGAAAGUUGGUGAUCCUUUUCCAAUUUUAAGCCCCAAGCAAGGUAUAUUUUCUAUUGAACAAGGGAUAUCUAGAAUUGGAGUCAUCGGAGUUACUGUUAUGGCCCUCUUGUCUGGAUUUGGUGCUGUUAAUUAUCCAUAUACUUCCAUGGCAUAUUUUAUGAGGCAAGUUUCUCCUGGAGAUAUUCAAGCCAUAGAGAAACGCUUGAUGCAAACAAUGGAUCUGAUUGUUGUAAAGAAAAAGCGAAUUGCUUUGGCAAAAAAAGGUGUCACAAUGCAUGGCUCUCAGUCUGGCCCAACAUCCCCUUCUCUUUGGAGUAGUAUGUUAAGAACAGUUACCAGUAAAGAAUCUCCUGAAACUGAUGUGAAGCAAUUGAAGCAAGAUGUUGGAGCCCUAGAAGAGCUUUCCCGGCAACUGUUUCUUGAAGCACAUGAUCUUCACAACAUGCAAGAACGGCUGGAAUGGGCUACAACCUGGAAAGGAAAGUACUUUAAUUUCCUGGGUUAUUUCUUUUCCCUUUACUGUUUGUGGAAAAUUUUCAUUUCCACAAUAAAUAUUGUAUUUGAUAGAGUUGGAAAGAAAGAUCCAGUUACGAAAGGGUUGGAGAUUGCUGUUCACUGGAUUGGUUUAGAAAUGGAUGUGGCAUUUUGGUCUCAACAUGUAUCUUUCUUUCUUGUUGGCAUCAUUGUAGUCACUUCUAUUCGAGGUCUACUUUUAACACUCACUAAAUUUUUCUAUGCCAUUUCAAGUAGCAAGUCUUCUACCAUCAUUGUGUUGAUCCUGGCCCAGAUCAUGGGAAUGCAUUUUGUGUCUUCAGUACUACUUAUAAGGAUGAACAUGCCCCCUGAGUACCGUGUAAUUAUUACAGAAGUUCUUGGGGAUCUGCAAUUUAACUUCUAUCAUAGAUGGUUCGAUGUAAUUUUCCUUGUCAGUGCAUUGUCUUCGAUUGUGUUCUUAUAUCUUGCUCAUAAACAGGCUCCUUCAGAAAACAGUUGAUAAUAGAAGGAUUGAGUGUGACUACCUGUACUAAUUGUGUUUAACAGUGCAUUUUUUAAAAUGUUCCUUUCAUAACAAUCAUUAUUUUUUAAAAGAAAAGAUAGUAGUGUAUGUGGAAUUUUGAUUUUACUUCAAAUCAUAUUGAAAAUACCUAGGGGAGUCAAACAACAUUUAAAAUGCAUUUAAUGAGUUAAUUUCUUCAGAGUUUAUUUUUUGCUUUUCUAUUCAGUACCUUUCAUACAACUGGAGUUCUUUAUUGAGUUUUGUGUUAUUUGUUUUGUUUGUGCUGUACUAUACUAUGAGUAAUCAUGUUUUUCUGUGAUGUGAAAAAUGUUUAUUUAUGCUUUAGACAUUUGAAUUUUUAGUUCCAUUGGUCUCAUGUUGUUGAUUCUGAAUUUUGUUUUAUCUAUAAUAAGUUUUACUGACAAAGACCCCCACCUACCUCAUUUUCCAAAACAGUUGUGCUAUUGAUGAUCUAUGAUCUAUAGAACUAGGUCAUGAGGCAGGCCAUGGCCUACAUUACGAAAAGUGUUCUCAAAAAUUAUUUAUGUAACACCUUUCUUUUACACAGAACAGUAAAAAUAUCAAGACUUUUUAGAUUUAAGGAUUCACAGCUGUGAUUGUUUUGUUACUUUGUUUUCAAUAAAAACAUAGUUGACCCUAGACUA